AUUUCGCGGCCUGGAACUUUUAGUCUAGUACCUAACUUUUUAUCUUAUUUUCAAAUAGCAAAGUAAUAUCGCAAUUUCGAUUAUCACACAUAUUUAAAUUAUAGGCCGUAUAAAUUUAUUUCAAAGAUGUCGAAAGCUCAUCCCCCAGAGUUGAAAAAGUUCAUGGAUAAAAAGCUUUCAAUAAAAUUAAACGCCGGUCGGGCUGUGACUGGUGUCCUACGAGGUUUUGAUCCGUUCAUGAAUCUUGUGCUGGAUGAAUCGGUAGAAGAAUGUAAAGAUGGACAAAGAAAUAACAUCGGCAUGGUUGUUAUACGAGGAAACAGCAUCAUAAUGUUGGAGUCAUUAGAUAGAAUAUAGUACUUAAGGCAUUCCUUUUAAGUUUAGGAUAAGGCAACAGAAUCAAGUCUCAGAUUCCUACAAUAACACCACUAUUUUAAUAAACCAAAAUACAAUGGAGUAAUCUUCAGUAUUGUCAUGAAUAUGUAAUUGGGUACAAUAAAACACUAAGACAAAA